AGCCCAGUCCUCAUAAGGAUGGUAAAACCAGUGCACGCCGAGCGUUAGUGUGCAUGUUUUAAUUAGACAGACAGACAGGCAGGUGGAGAGACAGACGGGAUAUUCAGUCCGCUGAUUGGAGGAGCAGCAGGAGGUGAACCGGAGUUUGACUCAGUCGCCGGGACCAGCGGAGAGUUUACCGGAGAGGAGCGGCGGCUGUCUGCGGACCUGCAGGCGGAGCGGGUUCGGGACUGAGCUCGGACCGCGAGGAGAGGGAUCCCGCUGCGGUUUCCACAGCAGGAUGAAAGCUCAGUUCUGAACAUCACCUCAGUAUGACAUCAUCAGGCCCUGCCCUAUCCUCUCUCCCCCUCCACCAUCAUUGUCAUCUUCAUUACCUUCAUGUCUUCUUCUGCACUUUCUACCAAUAUCAUCUGUGGCCCCGCCUCCUGCUAUCUCUCUGCCUCUGGACUGAUGGACAGGUGGUCCAGGUGAGCGCUUCUCACCAGCACUUCCACCCCCACUCCAUAAAGAUACCAGGUGACAUCACUCUGGGCGGGCUGUUCCCCAUCCAUGCCCGCGGACCCCAUGGUGUAAAUUGUGGGGAGCUAAAGAAGGAAAAGGGGAUCCACCGCAUGGAGGCCAUGCUGUACGCUCUGGACCAGAUUAACAGCGACCCUGAGCUGCUGCCAAAUAUCACACUUGGGGCCCGGAUCCUGGACACCUGCUCCAGAGACACCUACGCUCUGGAACAGUCACUCACCUUUGUUCAGGCUCUAAUCCAGAAAGACACAUCCGACAUUCGCUGCUCCAAUGGCGAGCCGCCCAUCAUCCGAAAGCCGGAGAGGGUGGUGGGAGUGAUCGGAGCAUCAGCCAGCUCUGUGUCGAUCAUGGUGGCCAACAUCCUGCGGCUUUUUGAAAUCCCUCAGGUGAGCUAUGCAUCCACAGCUCCGGAGCUCAGUGAUAACAACCGGUACGACUACUUCUCCAGGGUGGUUCCUCCGGACUCAUACCAGGCUCAGGCCAUGCUGGACAUCGUCAAAGCCAUGGGCUGGAACUACGUGUCCACCCUGGCCUCGGAGGGUAACUAUGGAGAGAGCGGAGUCGACGCCUUCAUGCAGAUCUCCAGAGAGGCUGGUGGGGUGUGUAUCGCUCAGUCGGUGAAGAUUCCUCGCGAGCCAACAGCUGGAGAGUUUGACAAGAUCAUCAAACGUCUGAUGGAGACGAGUAAUGCCAGAGGCGUGAUCAUUUUUGCCAAUGAGGAUGACAUCAAGCGUGUCCUUGAGGCAGCAAAACGUGCUAACCUGACGGGCCACUUCCUGUUUGUGGGGUCAGACAGCUGGGGUGCAAAAAGCUCACCGGUCACUGAGCUGGAGGAUGUUGCCGAGGGUGCAGUCACCAUCCUGCCAAAGCGGGCUUCGAUUGACGGGUUUGAUCAGUACUUCAUGACUCGCUCCCUGGAGAACAACCGCAGGAACAUCUGGUUUGCUGAGUUCUGGGAAGACGAUUUCAGGUGUAAACUGACCCGGCCUGGAAUCAAACUGGACCCCGAUAAGAAGAAAUGUACAGGUGACGAGAGGAUCGGACGGGACUCGCUCUACGAGCAGGAAGGAAAGGUUCAGUUUGUGAUCGAUGCGGUCUACGCCAUGGCUCACGCUCUGCACAACAUGCACCAGGAUAUGUGUCCCGGCAGCUCCGGAGUCUGCAACAACAUGGACCCUGUGGAGGGACAAGUGCUGCUGAACUACAUCAGAACCGUCAACUUCAAUGGAAGUGCUGGUACAAGCGUUUUGUUCAACGAGAACGGAGACGCUCCUGGACGCUACGACAUCUUCCAGUUUCAGAUGACCAAUCACAGCCACCCUGGCUACCAUGUCAUCGGCCAGUGGACCAACAAUUUGAGACUCAAUCUGGAGGAGAUGCAGUGGUCAGGAGGGGAUAGAUCCGUUCCAGAGUCCAUCUGCAGUUUUCCUUGUAAACCAGGAGAAAGGAAGAAGAUGGUGAAGGGGGUUCCUUGCUGCUGGCACUGUGAGCUGUGUGAUGGGUAUCAGUACCAGCUGGAUGAGUUUAACUGUGAGACCUGUCCGUCAGACAUGCGGCCGGUCCCCAACAGAACCGCCUGCCGUCCCACUCCCAUCAUCAAACUGGAGUGGAACUCUCCCUGGGCCCUAGUGCCUGCCUCUCUCGCUAUGCUCGGUAUCCUGGCGACCAGCGCUGUGGUUAUCACCUUCAUCCGCUUCAAUGACACGCCCAUUGUCAGGGCGUCAGGGAGGGAGCUCAGCUAUGUACUGCUGACAGGUAUCUUCCUGAUCUACCUGAUCACCUUCCUGAUGAUUGCCGAGCCAGGUGUGGUAGUUUGUGCAUUCCGGCGCCUCCUGCUGGGCCUCGGCAUGGCCAUCACCUACUCUGCCAUGCUGACCAAAACCAACCGCAUCUACCGCAUCUUUGAACAGGGCAAGAGGUCGGUGACCCCGCCCAAAUUCAUCAGCCCCACGUCCCAGCUGGUCAUCACCUUCAUCCUCAUCUGUGUCCAGGUCCUCGGUGUGUUUGUGUGGUUUGGCGUCGUCCCCCCUCACACCAUUAUCGAUUAUGACGAGCUCCGCCCUCCGAACCCUGACCUGGCCCGGGGGAUCCUGAAGUGUGACAUGUCUGACUUGUCAAUCAUCUGCUGCCUCAGCUACAGCAUCGUUCUCAUGGUAACGUGUACGGUGUACGCCGUGAAGAGUCGUGGCGUUCCAGAGACGUUCAACGAAGCAAAACCAAUUGGCUUCACUAUGUACACAACCUGCAUCGUCUGGCUCGCAUUCGUACCCAUCUUCUUUGGUACCGCACAGUCCACCGAGAAGAUGUUCAUCCAGACAGCCACUCUGACCGUCUCCAUGUCUCUCAGUGCGUCCGUCUCUCUCGGGAUGCUCUACAUGCCCAAAGUUUACGUUAUCGUUUUCCAUCCCGAGCAAAACGUCCAGAAGAGGAAGAGAAGCUUCAAGGCUGUUGUCCAGGCUGCCACAUUGUCUCAAAAAUCUACAAGUGACAAACAGAAUGGAGAGACAAGGAUUGAACCUGACAGAACGCAGUAAUGCUGCAGCAACACUACAAACUAAAGGUAGCUGUGGACCAAUCCCCAUGCAGAGCCUGAUGACAUCAUCAUGAAGAUCACAUGGUCAUACACACACACACACA